AUUGCAAGUGUAGAAAAUUGAAAAAGAAAAUACAAUCACAUCAAAAACAAAGAUAAAAACUGAAAAGAAAAUUGUAACAGGUGCCAAAGUGGGCGUGUUUGGCAAAAAAAAAAAAAACAAAAGAAAACUACUAACGCCCAUUUGUAAGGAAGUUAACAAGCCAUGGAAAAUGAAUCGGUUAAAUCUGAACAAAGUGGUCGUUCUAGACGCUCAAGAAAUCAUAAUAAUAAUGGUGGAGGAGGUGGUGGUGGUUCCAUAAACAAUGGCUAUCACCGGGAUCGCACUCGUCACUCACAUCGCAGCAACUCUCAUUCUAAAUCGAAAAAUAGCCGCAAUAGCGAUUUAAAUCCUUACCAGACGACAGUCAAUAUGACUGGUGAUGAGGGACGUGAGGGUCAAGAGAUUAUCGAGGUACAAAUACUGCCACAAGAUGACAAUUGGGGUGAAAAUACCACUGCCGUUACCGGAAACACCUCAGAGCAAAGUAUUUCUAUGGAGGACAUCAAUAAUGCCUGGCACCGUGAAAUGUCCGAAACUGGUUUGGGCUUCAAGUGUCGACGUUACUUGGAAUCUAUAUUUUCAUUUUUACUUGGUUUCUGUGCAUUUUUUUCGCCUGUAGCCAUGGUCGUAAUGCCACAUAUGGGAUUUUUUCCCUCAGCCUUUGAUCACCCCGAGUUGACACAGACCGUAAGAACUCAAUUGUUGGCCUGUGGUAGUGAGUGUAAAGGAUUAUUGGUGUCCAUGGCUGUUCGCCUGCUCCUUUUGGCCAUUGGAUUAUGGGCUCUAUUCAUGCGUCAUUCCGCUGCCACAAUGCCAAGAAUAUUUCUAUAUCGUGCAGUGGUUUUAUUACUGGUCACAUUGUCAACAUUCGCAUACUGGCUGUUUUAUAUAGUGCAGGUCACAAAUGGCGCAAAAAUUGUCGUUGAGACAGGAGGUGAAGCAGUCGAUUACAAAUCCUUAGUGGCCUAUGCAACAAAUCUAGUGGACACACUACUCUUCAUACACUACAUAGCUGUUGUUUUACUGGAAUUACGCCACAAUCAGCCUAUGUAUUAUGUGAAAAUUAUACGCUCCCCCGAUGGAAUAUCACGAUCAUAUACACUAGGUCAGCUUAGUAUUCAGAGGGCCGCUGUAUGGGUUCUUCAACGUUAUUAUGUUGACUUUCCCAUUUACAAUCCCUAUUUGGAAAGAAUACCCAUAUCAAAAUCACAAAGAAAUAAAAUAACAACUAGUUUUAAAUAUUACGAAGUUGAUGGUGUCAAUAACUCACAGCAACAGAGCCAAAGUCGAGCAGUACUGGCAGCAAAUGCCAGACGCCGUGAUUCUUCACACAAUGAACGUUUCUAUGAAGAACACGAAUAUGAACGUAGAGUAAAGAAACGCCGAGCACGCUUGAUAACAGCGGCUGAAGAAGCCUUUACGCACAUUAAACGUAUACACAAUGAACCAGCGCCAGCAGUGCCACUAGAUCCUAAUGAAGCCGCCCAAGCAGUGUUUCCCUCAAUGGCACGAGCCUUACAGAAAUACUUAAGGGUGACUAGGCAACAGCCUAGGCAUACAUUCGAAAGUAUACUUAAGCAUUUGGCUCAUUGUCUUAAACACGACUUGUCACCUCGAGCAUUUUUGGAGCCAUACCUUACGGAAUCGCCAGUUUUACAGAGUGAAAAAGAGCGUAGAUGGGUACAGUCUUGGUCACUUAUAUGCGAUGAAUUAGUUUCACGACCAAUUGCGGGUGAUAUUACAUUUCAACUCAUACAAAAUGAUGUAUCACUUAUGGUCUCAAUACACAAGCUGCCACAUUUCAAUGUAGCGGAGGAGGUAGUCGAUCCAAAAAGUAAUAAAUUUGUAUUGAAACUUAACUCGGAAACAUCGGUAUGACAACAGCAAACACAGACACCAACUGUAACACCAACGCACAGUAAUGUUACACAAUCUUCUUAUUUGCAUGUUUUUGUAUAGGAUUCACGUAACAAGUGUGUCCCAAACGAAAUACAUAUUGCCAAACAUUUGAGGUCAGUGUUAUUUUAUGGUAUUUGUAUUUUUUUUUUCUUUUUAUUUUAUUAUUAAUAUUUUACACAAAAUAAGAGAAAUAUGCUCAAAUCGUAAAACUAAACAGAAACCAAACCCAGUGUACUUAAAAAAUAACUCAUUAAUCCUUUUAAACAUAAUCAUUUUUCUUAAAAAAAAAAAUAAUAAUAUAAAAACCUAGCAUACAAUAAUACUCAUUUAAUUCCUUAUAAAAGUACAUAUCAACAGAAAUUACGUAGAAAAUUAAUCAUUUCUUUUAAGAAGAAAAAAAAACGAAUUCGAUUUCCUAUUAUUACCAAGUAUUUUACAAUUUUUACUUUUUAAAUGGCUGGACCUUUAUUUUUAACUUUCUUUUAUUAAGGAAAUCUUUAUUUCAGCUGUAUUCUUUAAAUUAAAAAUUCAUUAUUAUUAAUUAAUUUAUUUUUUGGUUUUUAGAAAAUGUUUUUAUAAGAAUCUCAAUCUGAUAUUAUUUUAUAUACGAUAAAAGUUAUAGCGAAUAGUUUAAAUACAAUGUUUAAUUUUCGAAUAUUUUAUUUUCAAAAAGAUUUUUAGAUUUGUUGAUACAUCCUUGUCUAAAAAAUUUAAUUCUAAUUUUUGAAAUUUGGGUGAUAUCCAGACAGAAAUACUUGUUUCAAAAUGACAUGCUUACUUUUAAAUUUGAUUUUCGAAAGGGGCUGUAUGUUAUAGUCUUUAAGCAAAGCUUAUUUACUUCGAAAUCCUCGGUAUCUCUUUUCAUCACUUUGACUUAGGAAGUGAGGGCCACUAUCAUGGUUUCGUAGUAAGGUUUCCUCAUAGUGAAAUAUAAAAAUAUAUGUAUUACAUGUAGUCUUCGAAUUCCUUGGUGUCUCUCCUUUGAUCUACUGAUUAUGUGUAAAAUCUUUAAAGCUGUUGAUGAUAAUAUAAUUUUAAGAUUAAUGUUGUACACUGUCUUUACAAAGAGAUCAGGUUACUGAGGAUACCAGCACUCAGGUAAUGAAGUAAAAUUAUGUUGGAAACUGGAAACAGGUUGUGGGUGGAAGAUAGAGAAUGUAUUGUUUAUAUAUACAUUCAGCGAGGUAAUGACAUAGAAUCAUGUUGAAAUCUGCAAAAAAGGUUGUGGCUGGGAGGAUAGAGAUUGUAGUGUUUAUUGACAUUCUGCAUGGUUUCAAUUCCGCAAACGAAUAUUGCGAUUA